AUUAAGGAAAACCAAACAUCUCCGACAAAAAGCACACACUAGAGAAGCAGAAGAAAAAAAAAAAAACUUGGCUUUUGACACACAGAACAGAGCGCGUCCGACUCGGAGAAUCUCUCCGAUUCAACUCAGUCCGUUCCCAUUCAACGGAGAUCGAAAAAAGCGUUGCAUUUGAUCGAAACGGGCUGUGUCCAAAUUCAUAGAUAGAGAAACCUUUUUUAGAUCUGACUCUAUUAAAAAGACUAUUUUUUAGGUGCUUUAUAUAUUUCAGUGAGCCUGUGAAGCAGUCACUCUAUACUCCAGUGAAGCUCUCAUAAACUUCUACAGCCAUGAGCUUUGUUUUCCGAGGGACAAGAGGAGAUAUAGAAACUGGAUUUCCAGGAUUUAUACCUGAGCGGCGUGCAAUGCGGGUUCAUACGGCGCGUUCUGUUAAUUCCAACUCACUAGCGUUUCUCGUCACAGUUCUCUUGCUAUUCAUGAUACUUAACUCACACCAGAUGUCGCCUAACUUUCUGCUUUGGCUAGUGCUUGGUGUGUUCUUGAUGGCCACAACGCUGAGGAUGUAUGCAACUUGUCAGCAACUUCAAGCUCAGGCCCAAUCUCAUGCUGCGGCAGCCAGUGGCCUACUUGGUCAUACUGAACUACGGUUGCAUAUGCCUCCAUCCAUAGCACUUGCAACAAGAGGGCGUUUACAAGGACUCAGACUUCAGCUUGCACUUCUUGACAGGGAAUUUGAUGAUCUAGAUUAUGAAACUUUGAGAGCACUGGAUGCUGAUAAUGUGCCCGCACUCUCUUCUAUGAGUGAUGAGGAGAUAAAUGCCCUUCCAGUCCAUAAGUACAAGGUUGCAGCUCCUCAAAAUGGUGGUCAAUUGAUGCAACCGGCCUCGUCUUCUGCAUCUGCUGAGAAGCAAGACAAUGCCCAUGCAGUUGGGAGCACAAAGGCAUCAGAUGAUGAACUGACUUGCAGUGUUUGCUUGGAGCAAGUUAAUGUGGGAGAGCUCAUCCGCAGCUUGCCAUGCUUGCAUCAGUUUCAUGCUAACUGCAUCGACCCUUGGCUGCGACAACAGGGAACAUGCCCUGUUUGUAAAUACAGAGCAGGAUCUGGGUGGCAGGAAAAUGGACAAGGUGGUAUGGAUGCUUCUUACAUUGUUUAAGUACCAGCACUGUCCUAGACGUGGAUUCAUGAUGCUUUGAGAUACAUUCACCCAUGUUAAUAUGCCGUGGAUCUAACUGGAUCUGUCAAAAUAAUAGGUCCAUUUUGUAAGUAAUGGCAGCAUUGGUGUAAUUAUCAUUUGACAUAGGCACCAUUAGAAAACUGUGUCAUCAGUCACAUUACAAGUCUUUGUUUUAUUCUUGGAAGAUCCAAUUGGAAUUAGAUCUGUUUUAAAAUUACUUGGAAUAGGGCCUAAUUUCUUUUGUGGUUUGUGGGGGUGGUGGGGACGUUUGUUUUUGUUAUUCCACUUAUAUGGCCAAGAGCUUAGUAGCUCAACUAUCAAUUUGUAACAAUUAGGAGUCUAUUUGGUAAUGUUGUUCUAGUAAUGUUGUUUGUAUUUUUUUGAA